CACCGACUGCGCGGGAUAGCGGUUGCGGUACACGUUUCAGCAAAGUAUCGGUUGAGGUCACCGCGACCACCAGUGAGGCCUAAACUGCGGUUACGGUAGUUUGACGUUUCGACAGCGAACGGUUUUCGUAGGCUCAAAAAGAAUUCUGAGUUAUGUGCUGUGCAUUAAACCAUUAAGUUCCCGUCGUGAGAAGAGAGUUGCGUCGCUGGACAGUCACAACCAUGAACGCCGACGAUCAUCGACCCAUCCGCGCGAACGGCAACGAUUUUCUAACAUUCUAACUACAGACGAGUCAGACGACAAUAUCGCCGUACAAAUAUAGAUUUCUGUAGAACUUUGGCGCGGACGACGAUCGACGACCGCUGUGCACUGCACGGGCGUUUACGCGGCAGGGCUACAUUGUAAAACAGCUGCAGCCGCCGCCUCGCGUGAUUCUAUGGUGGGCGGGGGGACCGCGCGUACAGUCGGCCAGUCGCGAUCAGCUGAUAAUCACGCAACUCUGUUAACACCCAGAGACCCUUGUGACUUUCGUUCAGCUGCUGGAUAUAAAUGGCCGUAUUCCUGUUAAACGAAUGUAAAUUCAACAACUGCGGUUUGUGCUUCAAAAACCUAUACGAUCUCAUCCAGCACAUCGAAGACAAUCACAUAGAUACUGAUCCUAAACCGAUUGAGCUGAUUGAUCGCACUGAACAACAAUGCCUGCCGCUCAGUUGUGUUAUGCGGUUUUUCAGCGAGAAUGUACAAAAAACCGACAUCGAACCAGCAGAACCUGUCAUUCAGCCCAAAACCAGUAUUUUACCACCAGCACCCAAUAUAUUCCAUCGACCAUCACGAACUGGUUAUGAAUCUGAUAAAGGGGAAGCUGAAAACCUUGAUCAUAUUGGUGACAGCAGUGACUCUUGGUCUACUACAUCAGAUGCAAUUGAUGAUGCUCAUAAAAAUGGUUCCAAUUCACAACAGAAAGUUAAAACUGAGCAGCCAAUAAGACCAUUUGCUUGUCCAAUUCCUGGCUGUACUAAAAGAUAUAAAAAUGUUAAUGGAAUAAAGUAUCAUGUUAAAAAUGGGCAUACAAACGGCAAAGUUCAUAAGAAGUACAAAUGUCACUGCGGUAAAAGUUACGUGUCUAUUCAAGGACUCAAAUCGCAUGCAAAUGGUAUGCAUGCUGGCACCAAGAUGACAUGGCUAACAAUGCACAAUGGCGAAACUAUUCAGGUUCCUGCCACACCACUUUCGCCAGAUACUGUGCCCAUACGUGCUGUCACUUUGAAACACGUGCCACGCACCACUGCGGAUGCAAACCUUCCGCCUAAAACAUUAGUCAUCACUAAACCUCCUCCGUCCAACAUUGAACCUCCCAUUGUUGAAUCAUAAUAAUAAUGCAGGGGAAGUUUAUGAAAACCAUAUUCCUAUAUAGUAAAAAUUACCAGGAGUUCCAAAAGUCAGUCGUCAUAUUUAAUGUCUUGUCUUGUCGCUUGAUUUUUUUUUUAAUUUGAAGUAAUUAUUUUAGUUUAUUAUACUUAAACAAACAUUGAUUGUUAAUAAAUAAAUAAAUAAAAACGAAUGUUUAAGAGUGUAAUAUUCAGAAAAUAUGUUUAGUACUGUUAUCUGUAGUAGGAUGUCUAGAACUAAAGCAUUUUUGAAGCUUGUGCAUUCGUAUUUUAUGUUUCAUGUCGAGCUGUGUAUAGUGUAUGAUACCUUAAAGACUUGAUUUCUGUUAAAAGAAUCAAAUAUUGUUUACAACAAAGUUAUAUAUUUGAAAAAAAAUAAAUUAACUGUUAUUUUAAA